AUGGCCUGCAGAUCAAACAAUGUUCUCUCUGAGCUGACAAAUCAACACAAGGACGAUGACUCUAUUUUACAGCCUGACGUUAUGCUACAGGUAGAUGGAGAGUCUUUUUAUGUCAACCGUCGUCAGCUUGCGCUUCAGAGUCCCUACUUCCAGGCUCUCUUUUUUGGCUGCGGUGUUGAAAGCACUAAAAGGAAAAUAGAGCUCAGAGGGGUCCGCUUGCAGCAUUUCAUGGUGUUGAUGGACCACAGCCGGACCUCCAUUCUCAUGCUGGACAGAGGAAACGUUUUGGGGAUCCUUGAGACUGCAGAUUUCCUCCAGCUGGAGAGAGCCAAGCUGCUGUGCUGCAAGUUCCUUGAACGUGAGCUCCACGUCUGCAACUGUUUGGGAAUGAUGGCUUUUGCCUGGCAGCGAGGCUGUGCUCAGCUCUACAGUGCGGCAAGGCAGGUGGCCCUCACACAUUUCUCCGCUGUUGUCUGUGAGGAGGAGUUCUUGUCCUUAUCUAAGGAAACCCUGGCACACCUCAUAGCCAGCGACAACCUGGUCAUCCAUAGCGAUGAUUUGGCCCUGGAGGCGGCCCUACGUUGGGUGUCAUUUGACAAAAAACGAGAGGAGCACUUUCUGGAGCUCAUUGAGCUGGUGAGACCUGAGUGUCUGUCCUUGACAUUCAUCUCUAAACUUUUGGACACAAUGACGCACUGUUCUGACCCAAGAGCCAAGCUCAUCUGGAUGCUGAAUGAACAUUUUCCGACUUCCUGGUCAAUGGGGAGGUCCUUGCGAAGGACCAAAGAGACUCUCUUUGUCAUGGGAGGACCUCAUGAUCAGGAACAGCAGGCAUCCUAUCAGUUUCAUCCACUCAUUGGGAGAUGGUAUAAUUGUGCACCUCUGCAGAGGAGGAACCUCACGCAGUACUCCGUAGCAGCAGUAGGAGACAGUGUUGUUGUGACAGGGGGCUAUUUCCGCGACGUGCUAUGGUUCAGCGUGGACUGGGUCAGAAAAUACGAAUUUGGGAGCCAACGGUGGGUGGAUUGCCCCGCUUUGCAGAAGUCCAGGCACAGCCACUGCUCCAUUGCUCUGGAUUCCAUCCUGUAUGUCUUGGGGGGAAGCAUGGAUGAAGGGCUGGUAGCUGAUGUCGAAAGACUGCGGCUGGGGUCAGACGGGGGUUGGGAAAGUGUCAGUCCCAUGAGUCGGGCAGUGGAAAGGGCAGCCGUAGCCGCUCUGGGGCAGUGUAUCUAUGUGGCGUGUGGCCUGGAUGAAAACGGAGAGGCCUUCGGAGGAAUACAGCGGUAUGACACCAAGGAGAAUCACUGGGACAUUGUCUCCUAUUCCCCUUUUCCCCGAUAUGACCUGGUUGCUGCCGAGCUCAACGGUGCCAUCUAUCUGUUUGGAGGGCAAGCGCUGCGCUUUGACGUUGAGACAGAUGAGUGGACUGUUCUGCAGGAGGAAUCUCUGGAGAAAAAGUUCUUCUGCGGCUGUACCACAGUCGGUGGCCAGAUAUUCCUGUUGUGUGAGAAAAAGAGUAACAAGGCACUCCCCAACAUGGUUUUGUUUGACCCUUAUGUGGACACUUGCAUCAAGGUGUACAACACUAUACCAUGCACUGUUCCACUUAGAGGGUGUGUCACCAUUAAACUGCUUACAUGA